GCUGACAAUACAAAGAUUCAAUGAUUUUAUGCACCGUCGGACCUAAAAAAUAUAAUAAUGGUAGCGGUCUUUUGGUGUCUCACUCGCUUGUUCGUUCUCACUGCUGUUAUGGUAGUUUCAUUGGUAAUGUCCGAAUCGGACUUCUGCGCAAGUGUUUUUGAAACUCAAAUUGGUAAGUUAACGCCUAUAAUUAACUAAAAAUCUCAAACCAUCUUUAUCAUUCACAUACUGAGUUCAUUUCCUCACGUUAUAAUUGUUGUGUUUUUGGAAAAUAAAAUGUUCUACACGUGUCGCUUUUAAUGGUUUUAAUGUUAAGACACAAACUAGUAAAUCUGACAUGAAUCAGACAGGCUAAAACACCUCUGUCCUUUGGGGUAAUAAUAGAAAAAGAAGUCAAUCUCAGGGAGUGUUUGUCCGAUACCAGACAUCGGCUGAGAUUAGUAAGCUGAAAUAACGAGACACAUCCUCAACACUCACUGAAGAAUUCAAAACGAAAGUUGACCGUAUUACCGGGAGGUGGCCGUAAGGCGGGGUUCCAAUGUACUUAGUUAUAAUUUUAGCCAGGCAUUGACCAAAAAUCGUCAAAUUGAUUACGGUAAACGUAUUAGUUCCUUAAGACUUUUUUUCAUUUUUCUCAUCGAUUUGUUGACCAUUUUCAGACCCUGUUUUAGUUGGUAAUGUUAUUAACACGUCCGUUGUUGCUGAGGCUGUUGAAUGUCACCAAAAAUGCCUCAGAAAAAACAACUGCAAGUCGUUUAAGAGCGGCUCCGCGUAAAUAUCAACUAGACGUGGAAAUAGUCAAAAAAUGACCUGGCCUCAAACUCAGCCAGAAUAAAGCCCUAUGGGCCCUAGUUACAAAAUCGUUGGUUUAAGUACGAUCGAGUGAAUAAUAUUUUUCUAACGAAUUUUUUUCUUCCCGAGGCCUAAAAUGGGCAAAAAUCAUGCGAAAUUGCAGUCAUAUUCAGUAACUCAUACAUUUUAAAAUAAAGUUGGCUACUGAAAGCGGAUUGGUACAUGGCUUUGAACACCCAGGCUUGUUUAGUCUGAAAGAGGAUUCUUUUUUCUUUAAAUUAGUGAAAUAAAAUUUUUGGGUAAAUGAAAUCACGAGCGCUGCCAAAGCGAGGCAAAAGUAAUUGUUACACUAAAAACAGGCGAAAAACGUGACCUCUGAACGAAGCACAAACCAAAUGCGAAUUACGGUAGGCGCCAAACCUUUAAUUAUUCGGUAAGUUCUCGAAACAAUAUUGGUCUGAAAUGUGUAUAGGUUUUUUAAAAUAAAGCUGAGUCAAAGUAUUAUGUGUCAAAAAGUCCACAAAGCGGUUAAAAUACAACAAAAGUCACAAGUAAUCUGUUCCGUUUUCUGAAUUUUAUGCAGCGAUUUAUGCGAUUGAAAGAAUUAACAAUUUUUAAUCCAACGAUACCCACUUGAGACUGUGUUAGUUUAAGAGUCCAUAGAACUUCUCAGAAGAUUUCUCCAGAAGGAAAUGAAUGAAGAGUUUGAACUUAUGACUGUAACAAUUUCACUUGCCGCCACGGCAAAACGAAAACAAUUGUGGAACUGCCAUAGGCAAACCAGCUUUCAGUGCAGUCAUGCAAAGCAUGUCACGUCACGUAAUUCUGUCCCGCGCAUUUGGGAAGGAGGGAACAAAUUCUUCCAUGCUGUGCGCUGAAACAUUUGUGAAAUAAAAUUAGCUUUGGACUGUUUCAUUUUUGCUCUCGCUUGAUGUCAAAGGUGCCUUUUCCGCCGAUAUAAUCUUGGACUUGAUUAGCAGGCGUUUUUAGGGGAUUCGUAACGUAAACAACAUAAUUAUGCUUUACAAACUUCACAAAACGACGAUACACGUCCUCCUCUGCAAAGUACGACGCAAAACAUAUGUUUUUUUAUCUCGAUUUCCGCUGUUAUUUUGAAGAUAAUGGUCAAAAUCACAUCCAUUUUCGGCUCAUACAGGUUCUUAAGAAUAGCAUGGCAUGACAUUUUCUCACUUUUACAUCACCUUCUAGCAAGCUGGAAUUUGUAUAUCCCCCGUGUUGCGGGGUGGAAGAGCAAAUGCUCAUCUUCUCGUCUAUAAUUCUAUAAUUGCAGACAUUUCGGGGCCCUUCUUGGCUUCUUUGCUUUCUAAGUCUGGAAUUUUGUUACAUUUGUUAUUCUUGCGAUAUUUGUCACGGUGUUUUUAGCUCGCAAGAAAAAUCCUUGUUACUUUUGCGAUUUUUGCAACAAUUGCGGACACUUCGGGGCCCUUCUUGGUUUCUUCUUUUUCUAAGACUAGAAUUUUGUAAAAUUUGUUAUUUUUGCGACCUUUGCGAUAUUUGUCAUGGGUGUUUUUAGCUCGCAAGAAAAAUCCUUGUUAUAUUUGCGAUGUUUGCGAUAUUUGCGGACAUUUCGGGGCCCUUCUAGGUUUGUUCUUUUUCUAAGUCUAGAAUUUUGUUACAUUUGUUAUUUUUGCGAUUUUUGCGAUACUUGUCAUAGGUGUUUUAAGCUAGGAAGAAAAAUUCUUGUUAUAUUUGCGAUGUUUGCGAUAUUUGCGGACAUUUCGGGGCCCUUCUUGGUUUGUUCUUUUUCUAAAUCUAGAAUGUUGUUACAUUUGUUAUUUUUGCGAUUUUUGCGAUAUUUUUCUUGGGUGUUUUUAGCUAGCAAGAAAAAUCCUUGUUAUAUUUGCGAUGUUUGCGAUAUUUGCGGACAUUUCGGGGCCCUUCUUGGCUUCUUUUUUUUCUAAGUCUUUAUUCUUGGUAGAUUUGUUAUUUUGCGAUUUUUGCGAUAUUUGUCAUGGGUGUUUUUUGCUAGCAAGAAAAAUCCUUGUUAUAUUUGCGAUUUUUGCGAUAUUUGCGGACAUUUCAGGGUCCUUCUUGGCUUCUUUUUUUUCUAAGUCUUGAUUCUUGUUAGAUUUGUUAUUCUUGCGAUUUUUGCCAUAUUUGUUAGUGAUUUUCUGACAUAAUUUUUUCCCAAUUAUUUCUUUUGCGACAAUUGCAAAAAACAUUUGCUAGCAAAUUUUUGCUAACAAGAUCGAUCCUGGACAUAUCUCAAUAUCAUGGGUGACCAAUUACUUUAGCAAUGGAGGAUUUUUGACUUGUUUAUCCUGAAUCGAUCGAUCGUGAACUCCACUCUCUCAAACGUUUAGAACUGAAAUUUGGCUUAAGUUUUCAGAAUUUUUCGAUAACAAACCUCUAAGAAUCCUUCUUGAUGUGCUCUUUCGUGUGUUCGGGUUUUCUAAAGCGUCUUUUUAUGCCCUGACAUCUUCAUUCAUGACAUUUGAAAACUUCGUCGCCAUCUUGAAUCGGAGACGUACGGCAGGUUGCCACGGCAAUUUAGUAAUUUCACAUGUGAAAUUACAAAUUAACGCUGAAAUUUCGCGCCAAAAUUAAGGAGUAAUUCGUCACCUUUGAUAUUAAACGGAUAACAGCCUAAUCCUUAGCACAAAUUACAGAUGUUUGACCAAACUGCCGAUUUUUUUUUUAACAGCCUGUUAUUACUGACUCAUUUAAGGUCACAACAUCACAAUUCUAUUGUUCUAAAUCUAGCUUUAACCAACACACAGCGUCGUCUCUCAACAAGUUACAACAGCUCCUGGUUACUAAUAAAAAAAAAAUUUCAUCUCUCUUUUUUCGUCAUAUAAAUUUGUCUUUUUGGCUGGAUUCAUUAUUCAGUGGAAAUUGAUACUCAGAGUGCUCUGCCAUGACGAUUCAAGCUCCUAAAAAUUAUUCAAGGAACUAAAUUUGGAACUCUUAAAAAGCCCAUGUUCAGUUUAUUUCAUGUGAUUAUUUUUUCAUUUAAUGGGAAAAUAAAACGAACUAUUAAGGGUACGACUUCCAGUGAGGAAUAUUUGAAAUAAUCGCGGCGUUAAUACGGUAUCGUACUCGUAUUGAAAUCUAAACUUUCCCAUUGUCCUUUUUUCAGCAAGAUGUAAGUGCUUGCUGACGUUUCCUAUUCAAUCUAUUCAUAAUUUGCAAGUUCAAUAAAAGAAUUAAUAGAAGAAGAGACAUCACUCUCUCUUUCGCAGAGAUUUCACGCACGCCAUCUUUCCCCUCUCCCAAGCCCUCCUGUCUGAUCAGUUUUUGCUGGAUCACAUUGCAGACAUGUAAUUUAGUCCUACAGAAUAUUGCUGAUAUGUAUGGAGGCAAAGAGGCAAUGCACUUGCUACCAUUGCACUUCAACUUGACAGAGAGGGGAUAAAACGGGAUGAGAAGAUGGCGAGAGGGGCAGGGGGGUUUCGCGAUUAUCCUAGUGAGGCGAUGAUUUUAAAUAUUCCCGUCAAAGGGUGGCGAUUAUUCGAGACGGGCGAUUAAUCGUGAGACGUCCAUUAUUCGAGGAAAUACGGUAUUUUCUCAAUACUAACUAGUGCGCGCCCACGUGAACCAAUAGCCUCCCAUGUAACGAAGCCCUAGGAACGUCUGCCCGGGAGCUCGAGGCUAGUGAACUACGAGGCGUCAUUUUGGCGAUUAAUCGUGAUAGCCGUCUUCAUGCAUUACACUACGAGUUUAAGCGAGAAUGAUGUGACGGUAAAAACAAGUUAUCGAAAGUUAGAACCUUAACUUUUUUGCAAUCGGAAGAGAGCUUAACCUUCUUCAAUAAAUAUAACCGUGCUGACCUUUCUGGUAAAAAAAAUGAAGUUUCCGGGAUACCUAUUUUUUUUAAUACCCGAAAAAAGCUAAAUCUUGUCUUUAUAGUGUUACGUGACGGAAUAACCAAGAGAUGUCCGCGAACAAGGUAUAAGUGAAAAGAACUUCCGAGUACGAUAUAAGGCACGCAACAAAAGUGUGACAACGAGCAGUUACCCCUUUUUAACUAUUGUUUAUUUAGUGAUACACUGUUAUAGUUACUUAGGUUAAAGAUUAAGUUAAGCAGUUCGUAACACAGGCAGGCUUACUGUCUUUCAUGGCCAUACAGGAGCAACUCCCAAUUCCACUGACUUGAGACAUCAAUGCUUGAGUUUCUUGAUUCACUGGAUCCUUUCCACUCAUUGGCUUUUCUGUAUUCACAAACUCGUACGGGGAACUUCAUCAUGAACUCUUUUAUCUUCUUCUCUUUUCUGCUAUCGUCUCUUUCUUCUCUCCAGAUAUAGCAAUGUCAAAGGUUAUAGCUCCUCCAUAGUUAUCACAGUUGAUUAUAGCUUUCUCACAGUAUAGCAUCCAUGUGAUAAGUUUAAUCACAGCUAGCCACGAGGGAAAACCCUCGGGCACUCACACACAGAGACAUCUGUUACUUGGAAGCCUGCUUUUAUACCUUUUCUUUAAGCAUCUAGAACGUUCCGUUGCUAUUUAUAGUGUAUUACAACAUCUACUAUUUGUGGAAACUGCUGAGUCGCAUUACAGAUAUUUCUGGAACAUUACAGAUUGUAAGAUAAUUCUAGAAAAGUCUGGAAUUGCAUGACGGAUAAACUAAAAAUAAUUCUGAUCCUCAUAACAAUAGCAGUCGUCGUCCUCGAGUCUCUACUAUCCUGUGGUUCUGCGAUUCUCCGUGAUGACGUAAAUCGUUUGUACUGUUUUUACUGACGUGCGCACUUGUGGGGAAGGAUACUGCUUGUGUGCUUUUAAACAAAGAACACCGACACCGUAUCACUGCAAACGCUGAAAACAACGUUGCACGCAAUAUACUUGUUAUUUACGCAUAAUUGGGAAAGUCCUUCAUAUAAAGCCAGCUAGAAGCCAACUCGAAAAGAUCAUCUUGGAAAUCCAGACAUCUAAAACAAUUACCAAAGCAAACUUUGAAAAGAGAACACACUUGUAGCUUAAAUAAAACACGUCUCUAAUAGCGUCAUUCUAUUGGAAUUAUUUUUGAAAACUCGUAACGUGGGCGAUAAUUUAGAGAGGUUUACAAAAAAAGAUGAUGUUGCAAAACCGCAUCAUAGUUGCCACCUGCUUCUUUUGAAAGAAGAUGGAUUUCGCAUCCGCGUCCUCUUUACUGAAUAGUGUUAUUUGCGUUGAACUUCCCGUUUUACAACUUAGAAAACAUGAGGAUCAUUUUUACAAAAACGGAAGUAUUAGUCCGAAGUCAUAGAGUCGUACAAUGUAACUACUCAUAAAAGAGAGGUGUCAUAAUUAUGAACGUGUAAAAAGUUGGUUUAAAAAGCUUUCGCGUCUUGAAACCUUUAACUAUUGUUAUUGUUAUCAACUGAUAUUGGAUUGACAGAAAGAUGACUGUUGCACUCUUCUUAACAAGUAAAUAAUUAAUAAAUUCAAUAACACGUAUAAAAUGGGUCUUUUGAUCAUGAAUUAGUUGCUGACAAUACAAAGAUUCAAUGAUUUUAUGCACCGUCGGACCUAAAAAAUAUAACAAUGGUAGCGGUCUUUUGGUGUCUCACUCGCUUGUUCGUUCUCACUGCUGUUAUGGUAGUUUCAUUGGUAAUGUCCGAAUCGGACUUCUGCGCAAGUGUUUUUGAAACUCAAAUUGGUAAGUUAACGCCUAUAAUUAACUAAAAUUUCAAAACCAUCUUUAUGAUUCCCACACUUAUGUCCAGGAUCGAUCUUGUUAGCAACAAUUUGCUAGCAAAUUGCUUUCGCAGUUGUCGCAAAAGAAAUAAUUGAGAAAAAGUUAUGUAACAAAAUCACUUACAAAUAUCGCAAAAAUAACAAAUCCAGCAAGAAUCAAUACUUAGAAAAAAAAGAAAACAAGAAUGACCCCGAAAUGUCCGCACAUAUCGCGAAAGAAACAAGGAUUUUUCUUGCUCGCUGAAAACACCCGUGACAAGUAUCGCAAAUAUCGCAAAAAUAACAAAUCUAAAAAGAAUCAAGACUUGGAAACAGAAGAAGCCAAGAAGGACCCCGAAAUGUCCGCAAAUAUCGCGAAAAUCGCAAAAGUAACAAGGAUUUUUUUUGCUAGCUAAAAACACCCGUGACAAAUAUCGCAAAAAUAAGAAAUCUAACAAGAAUCAAGACUUGGAAACAGAAGAAGUCAAGAAGGGCUUUGCGAUGUCCGCAAAUUUUGCAAAAAUCGCAAAAGUAACAAGAAUUUUUCAUGCUAUGUGAAAAGACUGAGCAACAAAUAUGGCAAAAAUUGCAAGAAUAACAAAUUUCACAAAAUUCUACACUUGGAAAGAGGAAAGGUCAAGAAGGGCUUCGAGAUGUCCGCAAAUUUCGCAACGUUCUUGUCCAGUAAUUUUGUAAUGCUUUCCAUUUUCGCGAAAAUGAAAUCAUCAGUUACAAACGUGACACUAUUUAUAAUUACUGACAGUAGCAAAAUGCUAUAAUAUCAAUCUGUGUAUGCUUCGUUCUUCCAUCAACAUACAGCUAGCUAGGAUAGCAAGAAAAAUCCUUGUUACUUUUGCGACUUUUGCGAUAUUUGCGGACAUUUCGGGGCCCUUCUUAAUUUCUUCCUUUGCUAAGUCUAGAAUUUUGUUAAAUUUGUUAUUUUUGCGAUUUUUGCCAUAUUUGUCACGGGUGUUUUAAGCUAGCUAGAAAAAUCCUUGUUACUUUUGCGAUUUUUGCGAUAUUUGCGGACAUUUCGGGGCCCCUCUUGGCUUCUUUGCUUUUUAAGUCUCGAAUUUUGUUACAUUUGUUAUUUUUGCGAUUUUUGCGAUAUUUGUCAUGGUUGUUUUUAGCUCGCAAGAAAAAUCCUCGUUACUUUUGCGAUUUUUGCGAUAAUUGCAGAGUUUCGAGGCCCCUCUUGGCUUCUUUGCUUUCUAAGUAUGGAAUUUUGUUACAUUUGUUAUUUUUGCGAUAUUUGUCAUGGGUGUUUUUAGCUCGCAAGAAAAAUCGUUGUUACUUUUGCGAUUUUUGCAAUAAUUGCGGACAUUUCGGAGCCCUUCUUGGCUUCUUUGCUUUCUAAGUCUGGAAUUUUGUUACAUUUUUUAUUUUUGCGAUUUUUGCGAUAUUUGUCACGGGUGUUUUUAGCUUGCAAGAGAAAUCUUGGUUACUUUUGCGAUUUUUGCAAUAAUUGCGGACAUUUCGGGGCCCUUCUUGGCUUCUUUGCUUUCUAGGUCCGGAAUUUUGUUACGUUUGUUAUAUUCGCGAUAUUUGUCAUGGGUGUUUUUAGCUCGCAACAAAAAUCGUUGUUACGUUUGCGAUUUUUGCGAUAAUUGCGGAUAUUUCGGGGCCCUUCUUGGGUUCUUCUUUUUCUAGGCCUGGAGUUUUGUUAAAUUUGUUAUUUUUGCGAUUUUUGCAAUAUUUGUCAUCGGUGUUUUUAGCUCGCAAGAGAAAUCCUUGUUAUAUUUACGAUUUUUGGGAUAUUUGCGGACAUUUCGGGGCCCUUCUUGGUUUCUUCUUUUUCUAAGUCUAGAAUGUUGUUAAAUUUGUUAUUUUUGCGAUAUUUGCGAUAUUUGUCAUGGGUGUUUUUAGCUAGCAAGAAAAAUCCUCGUUAUAUUUGCGAUAUUUGCGGAUAUUUCGGGGCCCUUCUUGGGUUCUUCUUUUUCUAGGUCUGGAGUUUUGUUAAAUUUGUUAUUUUUGCGAUUUUUGCAAUAUUUAUCAUGGGUGUUUUUAGCUCGCAAGAAAAAUCCUUGUUAUAUUUGCGAUUUUUGGGAUAUUUGCGGACUUUUCGGGGCCCUUCUUGGUUUCUUCUUUUCCUAAGUCUAGAAUGUUGUUAAAUUUGUUAUUUUGCGAUUUUUGCGAUAUUUGUCACGGGUGUUUUUAGCUAGCAAGAAAAAUCCUUGUUAUAUUUGCGAUUUUUGGGAUAUUUGCGGACAUUUCGGGGCCCUUCUUGGUUUCUUCUUUUCCUAAGUCUAGAAUGUUGUUAAAUUUGUUAUUUUGCGAUUUUUGCGAUAUUUGUCACGGGUGUUUUUAGCUAGCAAGAAAAAUCCUUGUUAUAUUUGCGAUUUUUGCGAUACUUGCGGGCAUUUCGGGGUCCUUCUUGGCUUCUUUUUUUUCUAAGUCUUUAUUCUUGUUAGAUUUGUUAUUCUUGCGAUUUUUGCGAUAUUUGUCAUAGGUGUUUUUGGCUAGCAAGAAAAAUCCUUGUUAUAUUUGCGAUUUUUGCGAUAUUUGCGGACAUUUCGGAGUCCUUCUUGGCUUCUUUUUUUUCUAAGUCUUAAUUCUUGUUAGAUUUGUUAUUCUUGCGAUUUUUGCCAUAUUUGUUGGUGACUUUCUGACAAAAUUUUUUCCCAAUUAUUUCUUUUGCAACAAUUGCAGAAAACAUUUGCUAGCAAAUUUUUGCUAACAAGAUCGAUCCUGGACAUAUCUCGUUUUUAAGUCAAAUGGUUUUAAUGUUAAGACACGAGCUAGUAAAUCUGGCAUGAAUCAGACUGGCAAAAACACCUCUGUCCUUUGGGGUAACGAUAGAAAAAGAAGUCAAUCUCAGGGAGUGUUUUGUCCGAUACCAGACAUCGGCUGAGAUUAGUAAGCUGAAAUAACGAGACACAUCCUCAGCACUCACUGAAGAAUUCAAAAGGAAAGUUGACCGUACUACCGGGAGGUGGCUGUAAGGCGGGGUUCCACUGUAUUAAGUUAUAAUUUUAGCCGGGCAUUGAACAAAAAUCGUCAAAUUGAUUACGGUAAACUUAUUAGUUCCUUGAGACUUUUUUUCAUUUUUCUCAUCGAUUUGUUGAACAUUUUCAGACCAUGUUUUAGUUGGUAAUGUUAUUAACACGUCCGUUGUUGCUGAGGCUAUUGAAUGUCACCAAAAAUGCCUCAGAAAUACCAGCUGCAAGUCGUUUAAUGUUCAUCCUGGUGCAGAUGUUACUAAACACGCGUACGUUUGUGAGCUAAACAACAAAACACGGAAGAUAAAGCCGGAUGAUUUUAUAAAGAAGAACGGGUCUGCUUAUUAUGGCUCAGUGAAGGUUAGUAAAAGUUAAAUCAAAUGAACGAUGUGAAAUUAAACCAGAGAGUUUUUUAAAUUCCAAAGUAUGAUGCUAUACCCUUUUUUAUUGGAAAUAGGGGUAAUUGAAACAACACCGCUUGGUUUCUAUUGUUCACAAUAUAAAGUCCACCCGCCUUCAGAGGUAUGAUAUCAUCAUUAAAUUAUGUUUUCGUCCUGUUUGUGCAACGCAGGUGUCCUGUGUUCCUGUUUCUAACGAUAAAAAUAAACCAACUAACAGCGGUCAGUGUCACCCUGGAUACGAAGGAAAACGAUGCGAGAGGAGUGAGUUAUGCUUCGUUAUUAUUAAUAGCGGAGCUCCACGCGCGUGCGAGGAGUUCCAUACCUAAGAAAAUUUGGUUAUAUAUCCAUCCGAUAAAAAAUCACGUUAUCAUACGUGCAGCAGUAGCAGGCGCAAGAAAGAAGGGCGCUCGAGCGUUCUUUCUUGCGCCUGCUACGCAGGCUAAAGUACGUCCGCCCAUCCGUCCGCACGACAGGGAAACCAAUGUGAAAUGUCAAACGUUCUAGCCGUGUGGGAGCCUGUAACCUGUGUUUAACUUGAUAAUCGACAUCCAUGUUAUGACCAUUUCUUAGCUCUUAAUUGAUCGCAGAAUCAUUUUGUGUUUUUCAGUCAUGGUUCUCCCCUAAAGUUAAAGUAUAGAUUUGUGGAUUUCUUUGUAAUGUUUCAAGUCCAUUGUCUGAAGUAAAUUUAAAAUGUAUAAACGGGAGCUUCACUUUUAGCUCUUGGCUAAUUCUAUGUAUUAUUUUCACUGGAAAGCAAUGGUGAAACUGAUUUUACGUAAAACUGUUCUAGCCUAAAAGAGAUCGCAGAAAAAUCGUUCUCCCAAUCACAUGCUGUGUCAGUGAUGUGUUUUGUGCACAUCAUUCAGUGCAUGGGUUUUCCAUAUUUCCCGCCUUUCUUGAUUGUAGCUCCCUUACUUAGCUCAUUUAAGACAGCGAGUAUAACUUUGCCUUGAUAGAAAGAGCAUUUUUUUUCUCAAAACAUGAUCAACAGUUUGGAAAUAGUAAAAAUAGGUUUGUAAAUCUCAGUGUCACGUGAGAAGAUUACGGAAGUCUGCCCAACAAUAUAGAGGAAAAUGUGGAAAAACUAAUACAAACACCACUUCCAAAAAAAUUACUUACUUUAAGAGUCUUUCUCUGUUUUUUGUUGCUCAUUGCGGCCAGUUUCAGUUACAAAUUGCUACUGUUUUUCAAUUGAAUAAAAUACUUUCUUAUCCUUUCCCCUUAAUUAUUGACUAUUUUCGCAUCUCCCAUAGUGCACUUUGUUUUCCCCCCAAAUUUGAUAUAAGUUUUUGUUUUCAUAUGCCUUAGGGAAUAUGCAGUUCCCCAGAAGCAUUUGAAAACAAUAAUAUACAAAAUUUAAGGGUUAAACAGAGGCUAUUCUGGGAUAACGAGACAAAUAAUUCAAGAAGGUAGUAGAGGAAUUUUUUUAACAAUGACACUGGAGGAGACGAGCAAACUUGUCAAACAAAGGAUGUCAAACUUAGUGAGUUUAUUAAUCGGUGAAAAAACUUUAAAAGUGUGAAAUGUAUAGCAGCGAAAUUUAGUAGUUUAGUUUAAUGUAAAGAGUAAAUUGAAAGAUUAAACUGGCACGAAGAAUGUCUCAAUGUGUCUGUAAUUAAGCAAAUACGAAGCAGAUGGUGCUUUGUGCCGAAUUCACAAAGGAAUUAGUGCUUGUCAGUAAUCGAAAAAGCGAGCUUUGUUCUCUACUGUCGAACCUCCCGUAAGCGACCGCCCAAAAUGCGAUGAUUUAGUGGUCGCUUACAAGUAUCGAUCCACAGAAAAAAGGUCCCGACAAAUAUUAUUUUAGGCGCAGAGAUUAGUGCAUACAAUUUCUGAGUUGUUGUAGUAACAUGUUGUCACUGAAAGUUCUUCGUGUGUUCUACACACCGUUCGCAAAGUGGUCGCUAAUUACAAGAGGUUAAAAGCAAUGGCACACCCGGAAUAAAACUGUCAGGCUACUAAACCGGUCGCGGUGGGGCUUAUGAGAGGUGGUCGUUUAAAAAAGGUUCUAAUAUCAGAGCUUUGACUGGAAAAAAAAUUGGUGUUUUGAAUUCGUGGUCACUCGCUUAUGGAGAGCGGUUCGGUUGUAAUUCCUUUAAUAAUUUUUUGUCUUUUCUUUUCCUUUGCACGUCUGAAACAUUUAAGCACAUUUUGCAGAGAAUAUUACUUGAGUGUGAAAAUGUAUUGUUUUCUUUAGUUGUAAUCAACCAGCCUGCUCCAAGUCCAAGGCCUUUUAGGUCUUGUAAGGACAUCCGGGACGCUGGGUACGCCAAGGGAGACGGGAGGUAUAUAAUCGAUCCUGAGAAUAAUGGAAAUCCUAUGAAGGUUUAUUGUGACAUGAGGACUGACGGAGGUAAGAUUUGCCACAUUCUUUUAAAAAUCCAAUUUUCAGCAUAAAACAACCCAAUCUGGCCAUCUAAUGUAAAAUCAGGUGAAAAAAACGGCAAAAGGCGAUUUUUAGGGUUUUUGAUUAAAAAUGUCAUUUUUUCGUAUCACCACGAACAUCAUCGGGACCGACACGAGAGUAGAUUAACAAUCCACUGCGCAAGACUAUUCACAGUGUAUUCAAGCGUGAAUAAAUGGAAUAAAAUUGCUGUAACAAUGAAGAAACUUGGGUAAAUUAGGUGUAGUAGAGUAGCUAAAAUCUUUAUAUAGGAUGAUAGUAGAUAGACUUGUUUUCAAUGAAAUGAUAGGCCAGCUUUUUGUAAUGGUUUAGGGUAUUUAAAUAAUCGACAACAAAUUGAAUAGAAAGGGCAUAGAAACACCUUAGGGAUACGGAUACAAGAAAAUACCUUUACACCAUCUGGGUGUAUUGGAAAAAAACAAAGAAAAUUCUUAAAUUCGAAGGUAAUAAGUUGUAGAAAUAAAACUCUUUAAGACAUUGUUUAUCUUCCUGAUUUUAGGAGGCUGGCUUCUUGUUUCCAACAUCACGAUGGAAAGCUCAACUCCUCCCUCUCAGCUGCCAGUCAAGACUUCAUACCGUGGAAUAACCAGUGAUCAGAUGGUUCUCACAAAAACCGCCAUGAAUGAGCUGAGAACAAACUUGUCUUUCACCCAACUGAGAUUCCACUGCAGUAAAAACAAUGGACGUACGUUCCACGUGACCACUGUUGCUAACAGUACCGGUGAAGCCGUAGUCCAGUACUUCAGCGGUCAGACGGAUGUCCAGCCCGCCUCAUGCGGCUCUUACGUCAGAAUGGAAAAAGACAACUCAUAUUUGGCUGGAGGUUGUAAAAGGUGGCAAAACAGUGGAAGAUGGGGAGAUGGUGCUAAUGAGGACAGAUUAUAUAAUCAUGCUGCUUAUGUUCCUUUUUUGUAUCACUGGAUAUCUGGUCCAAGUAGAUGGGAAUGCGAUGAUUAUUCGGUAGGAGUAACUGCCGGUGAUUUCUGGAAAAUUUAUGUUCGGUAGACGAUUGGCACAUUAAAUGUAAUCACAGGAGAACCUGGCAACUCGAGCCAGGCAAGAAAAUAUAAAUAACCUUCUGUUACAGAUUACACUUAUUAUUGGUUAUCCUCUCUGCUUUAGCUUAUUUCUUUGCGAGAUGAGCAUUUUCAUCAAGGUCUACCGUUGUCCUUGAGAUGUAGAGGAAAACUAAAGAAGUUUAUGUUCUGCGCUAGACCCUUAGAAAAGCUGAUUACAGCUGACAAGUUUGUCUGUUUGUUUCUUUUUCUACGUCAUAGGUAGCUUAUUUCCACAACCUUUAAGUAAGUCCUUUUGAAGUAAUUAAUUUGUUAAUAUAAUUAAUUAAGUGAGUGAGUGAGUUAAAGCAAACACGACGGUGAAUGUGAUUGGAACGUCCGCCAAAAGCAGUACUCAAU